GCGCGUUGUAAGAUGACCCCUGGCCUCGCGCGUGUCAUAUGACAAUCUUUCACAAACCUUGUAGCUUCCAGGGGCUGGGGAGUUCUUAGCUAUCGGGUCCUAGGAAAAUGGCGUCGUCGGGAGACAAGAAGGAACACCUGUACAAGAUCUUGGUGAUUGGAGACCUCGGGACGGGGAAGACCAGUAUCAUCAAGAGAUACGUGCAUCAGUUCUUCUCACAGCACUAUAGGGCUACUAUUGGGGUGGACUUUGCCCUCAAGGUCAUCAACUGGGAUGCAGACACGCUAAUCAGGUUACAACUGUGGGACAUCGCAGGACAAGAACGGUUUGGAAACAUGACCAGAGUAUACUACAAGGAAGCAGUAGGAGCUUUUGUAGUAUUCGACGUCACGAGAGCAUCAACAUUCGAAGCAGUGUCAAAGUGGAAGAACGACCUAGACAGCAAAGUUCAACUUCCCAAUGGACAGUCAAUUCCUGCAGUGUUGUUGGCAAACAAGUGUGACCAGGCUAAGGAAGGCAUGGUGAACAACACAUCUCAGAUGGACGAGUACUGCAAGGAGAAGAGCUUCAUCGGCUGGUUUGAGACGUCUGCCAAGGAAAAUAUCAACAUCGACGAGGCGGCCAGAUAUCUGGUCACAAGGAUACUAGCAAAUGACAAGGCCAACAGCUACGAUGACCCUGUGGACAAGGACAAGAUCAUGCUGGACGGGACAAGCACAGACGAACCAGAAGGGCGGGGCAGCUGUUGCUAAUGGCAACUCGUUAUAGCUCUGUAAUUAUCACUAAUUAGUAGCCAACAAGGUCGGUUUCUUGCAUAUAACAUCAUCCAUGUUCAGUGAAAGACACAAUUUUUGAAGGAAAUUUUUCUACAACUGUAUGUAAGGAAAUGGGCUAAGCAAUUCUUACAAUAUCUAGUAAAAUGGCUCUCUGAUAUAACCACCGGUAUAAAAGACAAAUACAUUGUACAGCCCAAUAUUUGGUAAGACAUACAUUUUUUAAUGACAAUUUAGUGCAAACUUCAUUACUUUCAAUCUUAAUUAUAAUUUUCCCAAUUAGUUUUGCGGUGACCAAUCCACCGUAAAUUCAUGGCAAAUAUACAAUGUAUGACUGCAGUAACUUUUUCAAAAGUGUAUCUUAAACACAGCAAUAACUACUUUUCCAUCCUACUGUAAAAUAAGACCUUUUACCACAAAAGUAAAUGAUCUUGCAGUAUUUGUGACUGAGGACUUUAUUUUGGGUUGGAGUAGAGGCAGUAUUGUCAAUAUUAACAGUUUUUUACAAUGUAAAUUUUGUAUGCUUAAUCAUGUAAAUUGUAAGGACAAUGGUUGACCUUCAUUAUAUGACCUUGAAGUUCACAAUUGGAAUAUUGAUGUCAUCGCAGUGUUUUCUCACCAAUCAGUGAUUUGCUCGAGUUAUUAAAGCGAAGAGUAAAUAGAUUGUAUAACUUCUGUGUUCAAUUGCAGUCAUAGGGACUUUUUUUCAUCUUAAUGAUAAUCUUAUCCUCUUGAGACCCGAAAUAUGAUGUGGGAAAAUUAUGACACUUUUUAUCAGUUUUGCAACUAUUACAACGUGAUGAAUUUCUCGAUUUUUUCGGUGUAUGAAGACAUCAUAAGUUGCAGUAAUUUGUUUCAUAGCAAGCCUUGUUGCCUUGUAAUGUACUCUAUCACCCAUUCUUUUUUACCGAAAAUGGGCCAAAAUCAAUGUACAUGUAUGCGGAAAAUCAUGGUUCAUUUUAUAGUGCUGAAAAUUGUGCUGUAGCAAUAGGUUCUCCUUGAAUUAUUUCAAUACUCAUUUGUAACAAUUCUGAACAUUACAUAUCACAUUUUAGGGCUUUUAUAAACUACUGUCAUUCUCAAAACUUUAUGGGUUUUUUUUUCAAUCUCAAACAUUGCAAGCUCUUGCCUAUACAUAUGACGUACAGAGUAUGCAUGACUUUUACAUUGUUUGAAGCCCACAGCAUUGUAGAAAAAAUUGAACAUUUACACUCAAACUUAUAAGACCAUUGACACUUGCCCUCAACUUUAAAGCAUAAUUUUUGGGUAAUUGAUUGCUUAAUUGAAAUUGUCUUAAUGUCAGUCUUCUCAAAAAGACAUCUUCAUUUUAUUAGGUUGGAACCAUUGUGUUUGAAUGGCCAGUAUGCAAGUCAGUAUCUAAUUGUGGCCUUGCUGUAUUUUUUAAUGAUCUUGCUAAUGUAUAUCUUGAUAUUGAAUAAUAAUUAGGUAUAGAAGUGCUGCAUUGUAGAUGUUUGAUGUGGAUGAUUUUGUAUGAAAUUUUGUAUAAAAGUUUUUAACCAAGGUAUUGGGAAAAAGUUGAAGGGAUAUAUGUUUUAACAUGACAUGCUAUUUGUAUCUCAGUCUAUGUACCUUUAAGUUAAUAAUCCUUGGGUUUAUACAUGUCAGUCAAAUAAUCUUAAUAAAGCAUAUUUCCCAAACAUGUUCACUAGAUAUCCAUAUUAUAUUGCAAGCACAAUAAAGCCGCCAAAUUUGUAAAAUAAUUGCCAGUAUUAUUUGUACUUUCAAGUCACUAAGUAUGAAUUUCUAGAAACAUCUGGCCAUUCUAUGAAUAAAAGGGACAAGUUAUAAAAGUGAGA